GAAAUGCUUUCAGAAAACAUGAGAUGAAGAGUUGGAAAUCCACACAUACAAUAACUCAUAUAAUACGUUAAAAUACAUUACAUAAUUAUUUACUACAAAAGUGUUGCAUACACCAAGCUGCAGUGGACACAAGUACUGUAUUUGAAAUCAUUCCAGUCCAUCCAAGCAAAUAGUGAGUACUAGUCUUGUCCUCUGUGUUUCCCUCUUGUGAUUAUCAACUGAAGGCUGUAGAUAAUAUUGUGAAGCCCCUUUGUACCGUUUUUCCCAUGGAGCAUGAAUGCAACACACCAGCAGAAGGACUCUCCCUGCGCAUGCUCGCAGAUUUAGCAUUGUUAGUAUACUGUAAUGUCUGUGUGCUUGUAAAAGGUGCGUUAUCCUCGAGCCACUUCGCUGUGUUUCUUACAUGCACGUGUUUACUGUACUUGGAGAAAAUCAGUUGCCAUCAAUGUAUCGCAGAGAGAAGUUGUAGCUAUUGUACAGCUGGAGGAAACGGACUAUGUCGGCAAAUAAAACAAAGAAAGUCAAAAUGGCUACUAAAUCUUGUCCUGAAUGCGACCAACAGAUUCCUGUUGCGUGCAAGUCCUGCCCGUGUGGUUAUGUGUUUAUUAGCAGAAAACUCCUAAAUGCCAAAUUAAAUGAGCGCUCUUCUCCGGCCAUAGCAGACAAGCUGGAUUUUAAGCGAAGGAGGACAGAGCGCAUUCGCAGAGAAAGGAUAGACUCUUCUUUAACCAAUGACAUGGAGAACAGGAGAAGAUCCCGGGCCAACAGCCAAUCAGAUCCCAUCCGGAGGGGACGGGGCAGACCAAAAACUGUGGGGCUGAAGAAACAAGACGAGGACAAAGAGAAGCAAGAGAAGGAAGUGGAUAUGUAUGCCAGUCUUUCGGAUGAGAAGGCCUUCGUGUUUUCUGUCGCCUUGGCUGAAAUCAACCGCAAGAUCCUGGGUCAAAGACUCAUCUUAUAGAUGAAGGCCUGAAUAACUGAGAGCCUGUCCUAGAAGAACUAUUAAAUAGCAAGAGGAUGACCAAAGAAGGCAGAAGUGGCUGGAGCCGAACUUUGACCUGGGUGUGUUUCACUUGGAUGAUGGGAUGAGAUCCAGAAACCUGCUGAAGCUUCAGACUGAAGUAGAGACAUCCACCACAGACUGAAAGCACAAGCAUGGUUUGUGGCUUUGAUGAUAUUUCCCAACAGUUCUGUACAUACAAACAUCCGAGUGUAAAAAUAUUCACACCCAUCCACACCAUAAUGGGCUCUGAAGGCCUCUGAAGAAAUGCUGCAUUAAUCUGAAAUAAAUUAACUGUUAUCAAGUGAACAUCCUCAAUUGACAGUAACUUCACAUUAAUGGAAGGGACCAAGACAUUCUCCGUGCUUUCUUAAAAACUGAAGAUGCAAUAAGGAUUGUGUUUGAUUGCAUUGUUAAGUGAUCUAUAAGUAAUGUUGCGCACGUAUAGCAUCCUUGUAGAGUUCAAGCUUUCACUUCACUGAUGUGUCCCUGAACAAGACGAAGAUGAGGAAUUUCCUUCCAAGGAAUAAAAAACAUAAUGUCAUUAAUAAUUGAUACAUAAAGUACACACCAUGCGUUUACUAGUUUUAUAGUCUAUAUCGAGUUGGCUUAUUUAAGAUGAAUUUCACCUUGCUUUGAAUGUGGAUGAAAUUAAGUAACAAAAAAUUGCCAUCAACUCAAGAUGGUGUCCUGCUGUUCCAGAAUGAUACGGGAAGUCAGACAAAUAUUUAUCAGAUUAUGAGUUAGUGCUGAUGAACUGAAUGUUUUCCUCUAAAAUAAAAGGUUUUUUUAGCAAUGUG